CUCACACCGCGACAGCCUCACCGCUGCGUAAUUGGCGCGGCGCUGCGCUGCUCUGCUGCUCCAGAAAACCUCGUUAGCUAGACUCCUAUCCCGGACACAACAUACAUGUUCCGUUUUCAGUCCCUGGACGAUGACUGCACUCUGGAGGAAGAGGAGGGCCUGGUCGAGGAGGAAGAUGAGAUCGACCAGUUCAACGAUGACACUUUUGGGGCGGGAGCGAUAGAUGAUGACUGGCAGGAGGAGCAUGCACGUCUGGCAGAGCUGGAUGAGCGCGUGCGGGACGGCGGGGGCGGAGACUCCUCCAGCGCCUCCCUCCCUCCCCCCGCGGGGCACCUCCCCCCGCCCACCUCGCUGCCCCCUCCCGGGCUGGAGGAGAGGGGGGGCGGGGACCUGGCCGAAUCGCUGGCCAGACUCAUCCUGGGGGCCGAUCCCGCCAUCGCGGGCGUGGGGGCGGCGGGCCCGGACCAGUCCCGCCUGCCCCCUCCCCCCCACCCCCAGCCCCCUCCCUCCAGCCUGCCCGGCCCGUCCCACCCGCUGCUGGGCUACCAGCAGCAUCAGCACCUGCUGCGCCGCGGAACAGCGCCCCUGCAGAUGAACUCUCACAGUAUUUGGGAGAACAGUAUGGGCUUUGGACCCGUUAGUGUCACCCCUGCACUCGGCACUCACAUGGAGGACAGCCCUCUCAUGUCCAUCAUCAAAGAGGUGGGCCUGCCCAAGCGCCCUCCUCCAAUCAGAACCGACGAAGGUCGGGACCUGUCGGAAAGAGUCCCGCCCCCUCGCUCAUCCUCGCCUGUGAUUGGCAGCCCUCCUGUGAGGGCGGUGCCCAUUGGAACUCCCCCAAAGCAGCCGAUGAGCCAUGCACUCAACCAGCAGCUCCACUGCCCCACCGCCGUACAUGUAAGAGCCCCGGUCCAGCACAGAUACCCCCCUCCCUUCCCCGAGCGCCUGUCCCCCAACACCCUGCUCAAUAUCGCUAACUCCCCGCUGUGCAGGCCCCCGUUCCCGGCCGGAGUGGGUCCAGUUCUGUCCCAGAUCCAGCGAGCCCAGCUGCUCAACUCUCAGGUGGGGGCGUUCCCAAGGGGCGGUCCUGCUCCACCUCUCUUACCUGGCGGGGCUGGGGGCUUCAGGCCGUAUUUUGGGCAGCCCCCUCCCAGGGUGGGACCCCAUGUCCCUCCAAACCACAACUCCAUUCGCCAUAACACCACCCACCUCCACCCUCAGCACCGGAGAAUGCUGACCCAGAGACUGCAGAGCAGAGGUGACAGAGGGGGCCGGGGCGGGGACCGGCGGAUGCGGGACCCCUACAGUAACCUGAUGACGCAGCGGGAGAAGGACUGGGUGGCCCGUAUCCAGAUGAUGCAGCUGCAGAGCACUGACCCCUACCUGGACGACUACUACUACCAGAAUUACUAUGAGAAGAUGGAGAAGCGGCAGGAGCGUGACCGAGACAGCAGUAAGAAGGAGCACACUACCAAACUCAUCACCCCACAGGUGGCCAAGCUGGAGCACACCUACAGGCCAGUGCAGUUCGCCGGAUCCCUGGGGAAGCUGACUCUCUCCAGCGUGAACAAUCCCAGAAAAAUGAUCGACGCAGUAGUGACCAGUCGCACUGAUGAUGAGGAGAAGAGGGAGAAGCAGGUGUGGAACAAGCGGAGGCAGAUCCUCUACACCGUGGAGAAGAUGUACAGCCUGCUGCUAGAGGUGCAGGACUUUGAGAAGAAGUUCAUCCAGACGCCUGAGGAGCAGAGAGAAGCUCUGCUGGAGCAGCACAAGAACCACACUGUCCAGCUGUACAACACCCUGAGAGAGAGGGAGUGGGAUGACAGAGUGAGCGAUGAACAGUGUCUGAUGAUCAUGUCUGUGAGGAAAGGAAAGAGGCUCAUUUCCCGGCUCCUCCCCUUCCUGCCUGCACCACAGGCUGCUGCUGUCGUCAUGGCAAUCGCCCGGAACUUGCCAGCAUUAGCUAAAAAAGACAAACAAGACCAGGUGCUGUGUUGGCUGGUGGAACCAGUUGCCGUGGUGAUCCAGUCUCUGUCUAGCUCUGCUCUCACAGACCUGCUGCAGGAGCUCCAGGGCAGUGAGGGCCAGCUUCCCCGUGUGCUGCAAAACAAGUUCGGAGUGACACUGCUCUACCUGAUUCUGAGUGAAGGCGAGAGGAUGCAGAGCUCCGACCCCAACUGCCAGCUCAUGGACGACAAUCGCUGGACGGAGCUGGUGUUCUCUGUGACCAGGGAGUUGCUGAAGGUCCCUACCUCCUCCCUUUCCCCUCCUCUCUUCACCCCCCCAAACCUGCUCUCUCUCUUCUCUCGCUACGUGGACCGACAGCACUUGGAACUGCUCCAGGAGAAACUACAGAUCUCCGCACUGUCUAGGUAGAAGUGGCUUCAAACAUGAACAAGAACACCCCAAUAGAGAGUGACUGGUUGUGUUUCUGUGUUUGUCCGAGUGUGUGAGGGAGGGCGGAGCUUUGAAGAGUGACUGGUUGCGUGUGUGUUUGUCCGAGCACGUGAGGGAGUGCUGAGCUUUGAAGAGUGACUAAUUGUGUAUUUGCGUGUGUGUGUGUGUGUGUGUGUGUGUGUGUCUGAGCAUGUGAGGGAGUGCACAGCUUUUGGGUUCAUACAGAUUUUAAUUCAGCAGAAAUGUCUGUCCCUUUUUUCCCCUUAUGUUUAUGUGCGUGUAUGUGCGCA